AUGGCAAUCUCGUUGGCACUGGUGCUGUGCUUGGCCCUGCCGGAAGCGAGCAGCCAGUAUUACGCAGCCCGGUACGGACGGGCGUACUACCCUUAUGGUGGCUUGGGAGCAAUCGGCGGUCUCUAUGGCGGAGGUCUGUACGGAGGAGGCUUGGGAGGACUCGGUGGUCUCUACGGCGGAGGUCUCUACGGAGGAGGCUUGGGAGGACUCGGUGGUCUCUACGGCGGAGGCCUCUACGGAGGAGGCUUGGGAGGAGGCUUGGGAGGACUCGGUGGUCUCUACGGAGGAGGCUUGGGAGGAUUGUACGGUGGAGGACUUUAUCAAGGCCUCGGAGGACUUUAUGGCGGAGGCUUGGGAGGAUUGUACGGAGGAUACGGAGGAUACGGGGGAUACGGAGGAGGGCUCUAUCAAGGCUUAGGAGGACUUUAUGGUACCUCCCUCUACGGAGCAGGCCUCUACGGCGGCGGUGGCUUAGGAGGCUUAGGAGGCCUUUAUGGUGGUGGCCUCUACGGCGGAGUGAAUCCCCUUCUCGGUGGCCUAUACGGGAAUACUCUGCUACGUGGGGGUUAUUACGGAAAUGAGCCAUAUGAAAAGCACAUGAGACAGGAAAUCCACUCCACAAGUAGCAUUAAGCUGGGCUAA